AUGUCCUCGAAAGGAGAUGGACCGUCAUCUCCGCGACAAUUUUUUGCCCGAAUUUAUGGGCACCUUGAGCAGAAGAACGUCGAUGAUAAUAAAAAUGAUGAAGGAUCUAAAUCAAAUUCGAGUACUGAUUUAUUUACUGAUACUGUUUUGUGCGAUAGAAACGCGUCCGAAAUGGAUGUUUCGUGUCAUUCUCCGGAUAACGACAAUACACAGGUAUCGCGUAUAAAAGAAGUGUUCUCGGAAAGAAAUGAAGAGCAAAGCAUCAAUAAAAAGAAUCAGAUAAGAAACGAGAAAGAAGAAAACUCGAGUUUCUUUAAUUUAAAAUUACCACUUAUACACGAAAUUCUUCCAAAAACUAUUAAUCUUCCAAGUGACCCAUUACGUUUGACGCAUAUAACAUAUCCAAUUACACUAUCGUCACAUUUUCAUAAUUUAUCAUACCUUCCGUCUACGGAACAUCAUCUGCAAGGAUUCUCUGCCUUUCUAGCUCGGAAAAGAAGGAAAGAAGGACGACCACGAAGGCAAAGAACAACUUUCAGCGGUGAACAAACAUUAAGACUGGAAGUUGAGUAUCGUAGAGGGGAAUAUAUUUCCAGAGGACGAAGAUUUGAAUUGGCUACGUCUCUACAACUUACGGAAACGCAAAUUAAAAUUUGGUUUCAGAAUCGACGUGCGAAGGACAAAAGAAUUGAAAAGGCACAACUUGAUCAGUAUUAUCGAAAUUUUGCAGUUUCUAAUGGAGUCUUAAAUUUGCCAGUUGACGGAAGAAACGGAUUCUGUGAACUUUGCUUCUACAAAAAAGCAUUUGGAUCAUCAGUCAAUCAUUCUUGCGUCGCGAUAAAUCCUGUUAUUGAAACAUUAACAAAACAACCACAAUGUGGUAGCAAUGAAAAUGAAACGUCAGAAAAUUCAUCGAAUAUACUAUUUUCUAUUUGA